UAAUCUUUCAGGAGGACAUCUAGCUGCUGCCAUAACGAGAUCUGCUGUAUGACUACAGGUUAUUUUAUUCACAUUUAUUCUGCAUUUAAGGAUUGCAUUUAAUACACUAACAUCAUCAUGAAAUCAAUGAGGGAAGUUGAUCUGGAUACAUACAGUCUGUCUUUACUUACGGCAAAAGAAGACAUCCUGAAUCCACGCUCGUCAACAAACUGGGCUUUAUUCACCUAUGAUGGAAUAAUGAACAUGCUCAAACUGGCUGAUUCUGGAGCAGGUGGAUUGAAAGAGUUGACAGCUAAGCUUCACCCUAAAUGGCCACUUUAUGGGAUGUGCAGGGUGGGCAAAGCUCAACCUCGCAUCGCUAUGAUAUUAUGGGUAGGAAAUGAAGUGGAUGGGUACCGCAGAGCUGAGUGUGCCAGUCAUUUACCAGCAAUCAGGGCUUUCUUUAAGGAAGUUCACAUCUUUCUUCCUGCCCACACUUUGGAUGAAAUCACAGAGGAGAGGAUCUGUACACUGGCCUAUAAUGCUGCAGUGCAGGGGCCGAGAGGGAGACCCAGCCGCCGGACAGAAGACAGACAGGCCAUUGUGGGCACUAAUUACAAGCGGACAAUCGCAGCUGCAGAGAUCCAAAGAAUACAGAGAGAUUCUUUUUGGGCGCAUGCAGAGAGAGAAGAGGAGGAAAGGAAAAAGGAGGAACAGCGGAGGGCAGCAGAGGACAGGAAGCAGAGAGAGAAAGAACGUUUGCUCCAGGAAAGGAGAGAUGCAACAGAGAGAGAGAGGAGGAUGAAUGAAAAAGAACAGAAAAUAAAGGAGCAGAGGAGAAUACAGGCCCAAAUGGAGGCAGAGGCCUGGAAACUGGAGAAAAUAAAAUGGGAGCAUGAGGAAAGGGAGUGUGAAGAAGAGGAAAUUAGAGCUAGAUAUUCACGCUCUCAAUCAGAGGAGAUUGCUGUGGAGGCAGCAGCUCUUGUGUCUCAGCGUGCUGUAAACCCCAGAGAGUUUUUCAGACAACUGUCCUCCUCAAGUGUCCACAUAGCCUCCCAUCCCAGCUCCACAUGUCCAGCCAGGAGUCCCUAUAGGCGACUGCAUCAAAGUCAGACAGACAAUAUCUUCAGGUUCAAUGAAUCACCUUCUUCUACACCUACUUCCCCAUACAGAUCAUCAGUGGUAUCGCCUUACUUUCCGUCAACUCCCACAUCCCGGAGCCCAAUCCUUUUCACUAGCACUACGGCUUCCUUGCUGCCGAAUGGUGCAAUGGUAUCUACCAAAAGCCAGAUCCAGCAAUCUAAGAUGAUGGAGCCACAGCUCCAAACUCAACCAUUACAUACAACCGAUGCAACUGAAUCUGAAAUCAAAACUCCUGUCAGUGAUAUACUAGACAGUCUGGUCUUUUAUCCACCUCCACCAACCCCUGAACAGCUCCAACCAGAUGAAUCAGUGGUAGCCGAUGAGUUUCCUCCACUUCCCCCUGGUUAUGAGAAUUCACCAGAACCAUCUGUGGGCCAGCCUGAGACACUUGAUGACCCCUUAGACCCUUUUCUUCCUCCAUCAUGUGUUUUGGUACCUGAGCCACCCACCAGACCACUUCCUGCUCUGUCUGUUGCUCCACGAACGCUGAACGACCUGGAACCGGGGAGGGAUUUUACUGCUUGGGCAUCGGGUAUAUCUACGGUUGAGGAGGGGGAGGAUGAAGGGAAUGAAGCAAAAGAGAUGAAAUAUGAGGGGAAAGAUGCAACUGAAGAGAUGUAUGGAGAGCGAGGGGGGCAUGAAGAAGAGAAGGGAGGUGGAGAAGAGAGAGCUGAAACUGGAGAGAUGAAAAACAGGGGACAGGAAGAACACGAUGGGAUGACUAUGGAAAAUCAUGAAAGUGAAAAAGAAUCAAAUGGUAAAAUGAUGGAGAAAUAUGAGAGUGGAAAAGAACAAGAUGGGAAAAUGUUGGACGAAUGUGAGAGUGAAGAAAAACAAGAUGGAAAUAUUAUGGAAGAAUGCGAGAGGGAAGAAGAUAAAGUUGGGGAGAUUGUGGAAGAAUUUGAGAGUGGCAAAAUUAUAGAGGAAAAAGAAAGUGAAAAAUAUGGGAAAGAUUUGGAAAAAAAUAUGGAAGAACAUGAGCAAGAUGGGAAAAUUGUGGAUGCAUUUGACAGUGAAAAAGAAGAGAAAAGCAUGGAAAUAUCUGAAACUGAAAUGAAACUAUAUGCAAAAAUUAUGGAAAAAUGUGGGCAAGAAACUGAACAAAAUAGGAAAAUGAAAGAAAAAUGUGAUGAAGAACAUGACAGUGAAAAUGAGCAAGCUGGUAAAAUUAUGAAAGAACAUGAGGUUGAAAAAAUACAAGAUGGGGGCAUCAUGGAAGAACUUGAAUGUGAAAAAGAACAAGACUGGAAAAUUAAUGAAGAAUUUAAGAGUGAACAAAUACAAUAUGCAAAAAUUAUGGAAGAAUGUGGGCAAGAUGGGAAAACUGUAGAAAAAUGUGAGGAAGAACAUAAGAGGGAAAAAGAAACUGAUAGAAAAAUAAUGGAAGAAGAUGGAAAAAAAGGAAAUCUAGAUGGAAAAACUGUGGAUGCAUUUGACAGUGAAAAAGAACAGGAUGAGACAAGCAUGGAAGGAUUUGAGACUGAAGAAAUACAUAAAUGUGAAGAAGAACAUGAGAUUGAAAAAGAACAGAACCAGAAAAUGAUAGAAGACUGUGAGGGUGAAAAAAUACAAUAUGGAGACAUAGAAGAACAUGAACGUGAAAAAGAAGAUGGCUGGAAAGUAGUGGAAGGAUUUGAGACCGAAAAAAUACAAUAUGUGAAAAUUAUGGAAGAAUGUGGGCAAGAAAAUGAGCAAGAUGGGAAAAUUGUAGAAAUAUGUGAAAAACAUGAGAGUGAAAAAGAACAAGAGAGGAAAAUUGUAGAAAAUCAUGAAAAUGAGAAAAGUCUGACAGAACAUGAGAGCGAAAAUGAACAGGAUUGGAAAAUGAUAGAAGACUGUGGGAUUGAAAAAAUACAUGAUGGAGAAUUCAUAGAAGAAUAUGAAGGUGGAAAAGAGAAUCGGAAAGUAGUGGAAGUAUUUGAGACUGAAAAAAUUAUGGAGGUAUGUGGGCAAGAAAAUGAGCAAGAUGGAAACAUUUUUGAAAAAUGUAAGGAAGAACAUGAGAGUGAAAAAGAAGAUGAUGUUGAAGAACAAGAUGGUAGACGGUUGGAAGAACAGGAUUGGAAAAUUAAGGAAGUGUUUGAAAGUGAAAAAGAGCAAGAUUGUAAAAUUGGGGAAAUACAUGAAGAUGGGAAAAGUCUGGAAGAACAUGAGGGUGAAAAAGAACAGAAUCAGAAAAUGACAGAAAACUGUGAGAGUGAAAAAAUACAAUAUGGGAACAUCAUGGAUGAACAUGAAUGUGAAAACAAACAAGAUGGGAUGACGGAAAACCAACAGGACAGACAGAACCAAGACAAUGAACGAAUGUCACAUGUGGAUGUAGACAGAGCAGUUAACGUGACUGUGCUCAGGAAGGAAGAAUCAUACACAGAAAUAAUAAAGAAGAAUGAGGCGACAGAAGUAGGUGAUGAAAAUGAGAAGGAACAGAUGGACACACCUUUAAUCCAGACAGAGGAGGCUGAUGCAAUUUUUUCCCAGCAUGCACCACUCUUUCAAGAAUCCCAUGCUACAGAGCCAUCUCAAAUCAAUGACGCAUGUAUUCCUGAAAUCAUUUCAACCACUCAAGAUAAAAACGAGCCACAGAUUAGCUCAACUGAUACCUUACCCCAAAUAAACUUACCAACCAUUCAGGUCGAGACAGAUCUUUCUAGUUUGAGCAAUCAAGGAGAUUCAGACAUGAAAGAGAAGACUGAAUCUGUCGACUCUCAGGCUUCCUCAGAGACCUCCAAGAACAGCCCAGACGCCACAUCAGCAGAACAGACUCCUGACACAGAAACAUGUGCUACAGUGGAGGAUGAACAGACAGAAAUGCUUCAACAGGAUAAAAUUGUGGAAAGCAGCAAUGAUUUGGCUGAGGGGAUCAAUACUGAGUGCAAGACAUCACCUAUAGCUGAGAAUCAAGCCAGGACUGGACAGUCAGGUGAGGGGGAGUUUAAGCAAUUUCCUUCGUCUCUGGGUCUGAUGUGUCAGGAUUUGUCUGUGAGCGACGCUCUGCUUCCUCACUGUCAGUCUCGACACAGUGUAUCACCACCCAAGAGGUUGCGGUUGCAGGACGCUACGCUGCCUCAUGUUUCCCUUGCAAUCUCUCCAUGGGAUCCGGGGAGUCAGUUAAGAGCUUCUCCUCUGCCUGUACUUCAGGAUGCCACGCUUCCCAGGUUGGACUCUCUUCCUCCUCUCUGCUGCCAAGAACAGGAUUGGAAAAUUAAGGAAGUGUUUGAAAGUGAAAAAGAGCAAGAUUGUAAAAUUGGGGAAAUACAUGAAGAUGGGAAAAGUCUGGAAGAACAUGAGGGUGAAAAAGAACAGAAUCAGAAAAUGACAGAAAACUGUGAGAGUGAAAAAAUACAAUAUGGGAACAUCAUGGAUGAACAUGAAUGUGAAAACAAACAAGAUGGGAUGACGGAAAACCAACAGGACAGACAGAACCAAGACAAUGAACGAAUGUCACAUGUGGAUGUAGACAGAGCAGUUAACGUGACUGUGCUCAGGAAGGAAGAAUCAUACACAGAAAUAAUAAAGAAGAAUGAGGCGACAGAAGUAGGUGAUGAAAAUGAGAAGGAACAGAUGGACACACCUUUAAUCCAGACAGAGGAGGCUGAUGCAAUUUUUUCCCAGCAUGCACCACUCUUUCAAGAAUCCCAUGCUACAGAGCCAUCUCAAAUCAAUGACGCAUGUAUUCCUGAAAUCAUUUCAACCACUCAAGAUAAAAACGAGCCACAGAUUAGCUCAACUGAUACCUUACCCCAAAUAAACUUACCAACCAUUCAGGUCGAGACAGAUCUUUCUAGUUUGAGCAAUCAAGGAGAUUCAGACAUGAAAGAGAAGACUGAAUCUGUCGACUCUCAGGCUUCCUCAGAGACCUCCAAGAACAGCCCAGACGCCACAUCAGCAGAACAGACUCCUGACACAGAAACAUGUGCUACAGUGGAGGAUGAACAGACAGAAAUGCUUCAACAGGAUAAAAUUGUGGAAAGCAGCAAUGAUUUGGCUGAGGGGAUCAAUACUGAGUGCAAGACAUCACCUAUAGCUGAGAAUCAAGCCAGGACUGGACAGUCAGGUGAGGGGGAGUUUAGUCAUUUCUAUUAAGAAAGUUUUCACAAAACAAUUAAGCAACU